ACCAGACCUAGCCACUAUGGAACGUCUACAACUUUUACUUCUCUUGCUAUUCUAAAGGAAUAAAAUGGACAAGACGGCCACAACCGCUGAAGACGCCUGGCGAUGGUGGUCCGGGAAAUACACGCUCCACCCUGAGACUCUGGCCAGCACCCAGCGCAUCAUGGACCUCGGUCUACAGCCCUUCCACAUGACCUCACUGGAGAAAGCGAGGGAGAAUGUUCCCGUCCUGUGCCGCGAUGGCGAUUACGUCAUCCCAUUUGACGGAACCGUGAGGACAUUGAAGGUACCAAGUUCAGAGGUCAAGGCCGGAAUUCCGAUAAUAGUCUACAAGCCGAGCGACUGUCCGAAAGAUCCGGUUAUAUUUAUUUACUUUCACGGCGGUGGUUUGGUGAUUGUAAGCCCGCCUAGCUUUGAUUGCUGUAUGAAGUCUCUUGCGAAUAAAACAAAGGCUGUAAUGGUAUUAGUGGACUACCGUUUGUUGCCUUGUCCAGAAAAUCCCUUGGCGCCGUUUGACGACUGUUUGACUGUAACGAAAUGGGUCUUGGAAAACAAGGAACUCGUAGGCGGGUCUAAAAAUAGCAAGGUCGGUGUGGGCGGGGACAGUGCAGGCGGGCAGAUCACGUGCAGUGUGUUGAAUGACGUGCAGGGCGUGGCCUUCCAGGUGCUGGUGUACCCGGUCACUGACCUCACCUGCAACCUGCCCUCGUUUGACGAGUUCCGCGACAUCCCGGCAUUCAACACUCUCUCGAUGGACGCCAUGUUUGAUGUGUUCGUGCCCCACAUCCCCGGGGCAGCCACCAACCCGAGGGUCAACCCGUCAGCCAGGAAAAACCUCCAGUCGUCUCCCCCUACGUUGGUCCUCACCGCCGACCUUGAUCCCUCGAAAGACUGGGCCGUGGCCUUUGCCAAGAAAAUGCGAGAUGCCGGGGUCAAGGUCAAAGAAGUGAACUACGAGGGCGUCCCUCACGCGUUUUUCAGCAUUGUAGCAGACUACCCGACGACGUCUACCAAAGCACACGAUGACGUGGCCAAGUUUAUCAUGUCUUUGAAGUAACGCAACACGCUGUAUCUUAGCUAUUACUUCAAAGUUGCGAUCAUUCCCAAUUCACUUUAUUCUUUAUAAAUUUAAGAAAGUUUAAAGAAAGGUAUAAAUUAUACCUUUCUUUAAACUUUCUAAGACCAAACAUCACAACGUAUACUCCUGAUGCCAUUCUCCUACUGUAACUGCUUGUA